GGGAGGUCAGUGACGCAUGCGCAGUCGCAACGCGCCGCUACAGUCAUAAACAACAUUUUUUCAAUCCAUAUUCAUUACGGGUUUACUCAAACGAAGAAAAAGAAUCGUCCGAGCGAAAGCGAGGAUCAUUUUUCGGAUUUUCGCGAGAAUCUAGAAUGAAAAUCGGGUCCGUUUCGGUGGAGUGAACGUCUGUAGUCGAGACGCUCAGGGGACUUGGGUUAUGCGGUGACGUCAUUCGGAUCGUUCUGGAAGAACGCUGUGGGACGAUAAUGGCGAACUUGUACGGGACGUACAACUGUACGUACUGUCAACUGGAUAUCACGGAUCUACGAGUUAAGUGCAUCGAGUGUCCAGAAUUCGACCUCUGCUUGCAGUGUUUUUCUGCUGGUGCAGAAAUUGGACAACAUAAAAAUGAUCAUUCCUAUCAAUUUAUGGAUUCUGGCACCAUUAGUAUAUUUAAUAGUAGAGGCAACUGGACGGCAAUAGAGCAACUUAGACUGUUGGAUGCGAUCGAACAAUUUGGUUAUGGAAACUGGGAAAAUAUCAGCGAACAUAUCGAAACGAGGUCACCCAAAGAGGCGAAAGAGGAGUAUAUUGCUAGAUAUCUUGAUGGGAACAUUGGGAAACACACAUGGCCUCCGACAGAAAGCUAUAAACCAAAUCUUACCGAUCAGACCAGUUCAGAUCAUGGGCCGCUGUCACCUGACUUAACUUCAAAAUUACCACCAUUGGAUAUUACUCCAGAGGAGGCCGGAGAACUUGGCUACACGCCACAACGGGAUGAUUUCGAUAGUGACUAUAAUCAUGAAGCGGAGUCGCUCGUCUCGUCUCUGUUCCUAAAUCCAGCUGAGGACGAUGACCUUGACAUCGCUCUAAAGCUAGCACAAGUUGAUAUGUAUACAAAUAAUCUUCGUGAAAGGGCAAGAAGAAAACGCGUUGUACGGGACUACCAACUUGUCUCAGCAUUUUUUGCUUCGAGUAGGAAAGACCGGGCAGUAAAAAAGAAACAAACGAAAGAAGAAAAAGAGUUCAGAGAAAGGAUGCGAGUAUUUGCUCAAUUUUAUACUGCGCAAGAAUAUGAACAGUUUCUCAGCAACCUUGAGAGGGAACGUGAGCUUCGCUUGAGACUGUCAGAAUUGCAGCGGUAUCGGGAAAAUGGAAUCACGAGGCACGAGGAGUGUGCUCACUUUGAGCAAGUAAUAAUGCAAACUCAAAAUCCAAACGACAUAGCCGAUCACUGGACGGAAAAGAAAUCUGGCAGCAGUGGGCCGUCCACGCCAAUACAUCGCCUAGCCCUAAAAAGAAGAGACGAAGAAAAAAGCUAUUGUUUCACCGACCGAAAGUACACUACAAGAGCAGACUCGGGCAGCAGCAGCAGCAGCAGCAUCUUAGCCAAUCAAGCCGGUCUCAGUCGGACGACGACUCAAGCCAAUCAGUCGGUGGAGCUGGAUAGCAAUCCCAAUUUGAUAGACCACCACUCUGCGAGUUGCAGCUCCACCGCGGAACGGAGCAACGAAGCACCCUCGUCCGCGAGGACUUCCUCGACGGGGCUCGGGGACCAGGAGGAAAGGGACAUAGAGAUGGAGGCCGCGGCGCAUCUUCUCACCAAGCAGGAAAAGAUAUUGUGCUUUCAGCUCGACUUAAAGCCCACUCAGUAUUUGACGCAAAAGACGCUACUACUGCAGGAAUACCUAAAUGGAAACAGAAGGUCGGGAAUGGUACCGCAGUCCGAGCCAGAGAGUAAGAUCCUCCGUUACCUGGUGUCCAACGGCUGGAUCGUAGCCAAUUAAGAUCAAUAGAUAUGGAUCGCAACCGUUGGCCGUUGUUCAUCUCUAAGUCAUCUCCUAGCUGGUGCAAUCCUAGUUUCUAGGUGUAAAUAGGCAGGUCUCCGUGCACCGGUCGCUUCGUUUUUCAUCCGAAAAUUCGUAUCGUUUGUCUGCGAAGAUGUGAUUCUGCCUGCAAGAGGGGAAGCAAUGCUAAUUUUUCAUGGAAAGGUGGAAACGGAAGUUCGUUCACGUUGGAAGUGCGUAAAGCAACUCGCAGAAGGAUACGGUUUCCGAUGGUCGGGGAGAUAUCCGUAAUUAUUAAAAAGGUAUUUACGUAGGUGGGGCACGUCUCAUGUACGUAAAGAUAUGUCUUAAUUUCAUUUUGAAAUUGCAUUCGAGAACUGUCAAAUCCAUGUGUUCCAUGGGAAGGACGCUACUGCCGCGGUUAAUUCGUAAACUACAGAGGAGCAACCUAAUCUUUGAUGACGCGUGAUCCAUGUUCGUGCCGAUAUAACGACGUCCCUUUACGACCACGUGUGUCUCCCGUUGGCGUCCGAUGAUUGCCAAAGUCGUUACUUCGGAUUUUGUCGCGUGAAGCAACGAUUCGAUUUUUAGGUAUUCUUAAGACUGUGGCGAGAGCAUCGUUAACGAGGCUUAAGAAGUCAGGAUAAAAAAGUAAACAAAGGAAUCGUUAUUAUUUACUUUUGGUAGAACGAAAAUGUUUUUUCAUAUUUAUUUUUUCGACCUUACAUUUAGCAGAAUCCGCCUCUGAAGCGUGGUCACGAAUUUAUGAAUAUUAAGGAGCCCUCGUUGACGUAAGUCAUGAAGAUAUGCAUAUCCGAAUGGCAAUAGGAGAUCGGAAGUCAAGCCGCACUCCAAAAAACGAUUAUUUUUCAUUACUCGUGCCCAACGGCUGGAUCAAUGCGAAUUCGACAACCUAUUUAGCAUAGUUGUUGACCGUAUGCAUGUUACAAGUACUAGUAAGCUAGUAUGCGUUGGUACGUGCAGAUUCACUGAAUUUCAAGUGACCGAAAUUCCGAAUACCAGAUGGUAAGUCUCGGUUGUCUAAAAAUUGUCAGCACGUAGAAAAUUUUGCCCAACUCUACCGGGAUGUACCAAAUCUCAACGACUCCUGGAUUUUCGAAAAAUAUUUAAGUAUUUGUGCUCGAAAUGAUCAUUUCCGACACGAUUUGCGAACCGUGUAUGUUAUCAUACGAGUGUCUAGUUAGGUACGAUGUGUCUAUCGCGUACAUGGUACAAUUCGUGAAAUUAUCUCGAAGUUGCAUUCGCGAAUUGCUCUUCGAGCUAGGCGCAAAUGCCGAUUGUCUCGUUUAAUGGACAUUCACCCAGUACAUCGCUGCAAUGAGGUUACAAGCGGACGAAAGGCAAAGAUUUUUGAGUGGCUUCUGCUUUCACGAGUGUACUCUGGCUAACUUUCAUAGUUGUAAUGUAUUGCUCAAUGUAAUCUUCCAAAUAGUUAUUUUUCCAUGUAGGGUUUAUGUGUUAUUGGAGUUCUCUCCUUUGGAAGUUGAAUGUGUUAAUGUAUCCAGCGGCGAGAGAAGCUCUCAAGAGAAACGUGACAAAUUGUCAGUUAUGAAUGUCAUUAGGAUUCUUAAGAAGUGGUGAGCGAUGUUUUUGAAAUUUCGAGUAAGACUUAAGACGUAGCAACUUAAUGGUCAACACAAUUGAACACUUUACGUUGAAUUAAAAAGUUAUCGUCCCGCUUCCAUCACUUUACAGAUUGUGAUGACAGAAAUAUCGUUGCACCGUGGUCGAGGUGAUUUUCUCUCGUAUCGCUGAAAGCAGUAGCUGAUUUAUAUGGGACAUGGCCCAUUUAUUGUAAAGUUAUAUCUAACAAGGAGACGAAGCGUAAUUACGUAACGAAACGCAGUAACUUAGUCUUUGGCUUAAUCCAAACCCUGUAAGGCUCGAUUCCUUAUGGCUGAAGAAUGGUGCGAUUGUAUAAUGCAAACAUACAAAAGACACGACACUUGGUUUUAACUCGUGUUACGUGUCAGUAGACGAUUCAACCGUUGCUUGUCCGGAGCACUUGUACAUACGAGAAAGGCAGUACCUUUUUAGUAAUAGUUUUGAGGAACAUGUUAAAACACGUUAUAUUAGAUCUUUCGAGUGAAAGAUGCGUAAUAUCGUGUUCAGAAAUCGCGUGCGAUCCGUUGAAGCGGAAUGCUCUUCACCGUCUGACAAAUUCCUUAAUUUCUUCCCGAUUGUGCGUCAGUUUAGAUUAUCGCGAGAUCAGUUGAUCGAGGGUAACGUCCUUAUUCACAUUUUUUUCUUUUUUCCUUUUUAAAGCGUUUUGUUUUAUCUUCCAACCGAUGACUCUUGACGAUCGAUUUAUUUCCCUUGCGUGUCCAUUUUAUGAUCGAACUCAUGGUCCAAAUUGAAGAGAUGUUCGACAGUGCAAUGGCACGUUCCUCGUUCGACGCUUCACUUUUCGUGAAAGGCAUAUUCUUAGAGAGUAAAAAAUUGCUGAAAGUUCUGAUGCGUUCGUUGAGAACGCAAUUCCGUCAGAACUGGUCGCAUCUCUAUUUUUCCACCAUACUUAUUGUGGCCUCUGUGAGAGAAAGAGCCACGCUUGUUAACUGUGAAACUAUUAGCCAUUAACUCUAUUCUCUCCCAAAACAUCCACGCUUAUUAAGUGUUUAAGUGAAACGUAAGUUUAAGCUAGGUAGGAAAAACAAAGUAAGACCUAUGAUUACUUAGGGAAAAAAAAAUUACGAGCAAGGUAUACAGAUAACGCGUAAACAGGAUGGAAUUGACGAAGGAGUUUUCGGCUUUGAGAGUCGGAGCUGCAUACAUUUUUAGCUGUACGCUUGUACGUACAUAUCUGUCCGUUGCGAAUUAUUGUUUACGCGGAAUUGCAGUUCAACGGCGAAGACGGAUUCUCGCUCGUGUUUUACUCCCGGAGAGAUACUUACGGCAAUCGGACGAUCGGCGAGUUUAGUUUUUUUCUUUUAUAGUAACCCGGUUUACUCUCUCUUUUUUUUUUUUUAUUAUACAAUGUAUGUUUCGCAGUGGUUGUAGGUAAUAGCAGUUUGUCCAGGAACGAGUACUCUUGGGUGCUGCCUCUUGUUUUCUAUAAGACUUUUACAUUUUGUGAUAUCUGAACUGCGAUUAUUGUCACGCGCUUCGUGCAGAGGGAACUCUUUUGCGCGUCUUAGGGUAGUUGCAUCGAGGAAUGCCGUUGUUUGAUUACAUAAGCAGGAAAGAUGACUUAAAAAUUUGUUCCGUUCGUAGAAGUCCGUCGGGUUAACUCGUUGCUAGAAUUGAGUCGAUUAGAUGGUUCGAAAACUAUAACGAGUUUGUAGUAAGAUCCCGCAGCGAUUAAGCGUAUAAGAUGUAGCAUGCGUUUUGUCCUCGACACCUCUGCCAACGAUGACAUUGUAUUUGACAUUUGUUCGGCAUUUUCCACCCGAAGAGAAUUGUACCGAAACGAUCGCCAAUCGACGAGUCCACUAGAGUACGCCGCAUCUUCGACGAUAACGAUGACUAUUAACGAGCCGUGGUACAAGUUAUUAUGCCGUCUAGUCUUAUCCGCGCGUUCUCGAUUCUCAUCGGUUUCCGUUUAUAGAAUUUGCCCGAUAUAAUUACAAGGUGCUGCCGUACAAUUUUCUUCGUGUGACCGUACACAAGAAACGGAGAUUACCCGUAAAUCACUGUUAUCUUCCGCCAUGGCUUCUGAAAGGUGAUCGUCGCUAUUUUGCGUGCAUGAAAAAGAACGAACGUACGCUUUGAAAAGCUCAUCUAAAUGAAAAUGAAAUUCAGCGAGAUACCCUGCGACGCGAUACCUGAUUAUGCGUAGAUAUCCGGUGCACCUUGUUAUUCAUGACAAAGAGGCGUGUCCGGUUUCCGAAGAAACGAGCAGAAACGAGGGUCUUAUCCGUAGUCGGGAUCGAUGCGCAGUUCCCUCGAUGUAGGUUUACGUUCCAAUGGUUCACCUCUUUGCGUGGCUUCGAUUAAAACGGUACGCUCGAGCAUUGUAUCUUAACAACGAUAGAGUAUUACACGCUAUUACAUGUUUGUUACAAAAGUUUGGUAUUAGAGUACCGAAUAUAUGUAUAUAUAUUUUAAAAA